CUUUUGCCCAUUCUUACGUAUUUUACAGGUUCACGCUAGAGCCACAGCGCUGCAAAGCCCGCUGAACAAGUGCUGUAAGGGAUUCCCCCCCAACACAACUUCUUUCUCCGAGACGAAGACGACUCACGACGAGACGAACAACUUCGCGUCCUCAAAGCCCUGCUCCUUUGCAAUUCUCUCCUAGACCGAACAGCGAGAAGUCGCAUCGAUCCCGGAAUGGCCUCCUCCGCCGCAAGCACCGUCCUCCGCGCCGCCCGGCCGGCAUUCCGCCCGGCCGCCUUUGGCGCGCCGGCUCGCCAGGCCUUCCGCCCGCAGGGCCAGGGCUUCGCGCAGCGCUUCCAGCAGGGCGGCCGCCGCUGGCAGAGCUCCGACGGCGCCCAGCAGCAGCAAGAGGGCUGGUUCAAGCGCAUGUGGGAGAGCGAGAUUGGCUUCAAGACGGUGCACUUCUGGGCUCCUGUGAUGAAGUGGGCUCUCGUCAUUGCCGGCAUCUCCGACUUCACGCGGCCCGCCGAGAACCUCUCCUUCACCCAGAACUUCGCCCUGACCUGCACCGGCUUUAUCUGGACCCGCUGGUGUCUCAUCAUCAAGCCCAAGAACAUCCUUCUCGCCACCGUCAACUUCUUCCUCGGAAUCGUCGGUCUGGUCCAAAUCUCCCGAAUCCUCGCCUACGAGUCCAAGCAGAAGAAGACCGCUGCCGGUGUUGUCGCGGAUAUCAAGCAGGAUGUCAAGGAGACCAUCAAGGAGGUCAAGGCCUAAACUCGAUACACUUGCGGCUUUACACGCCUCUUUCCCCCCUCUGGAUCCCAUUCCAUGCCGAGUUGCUCGGCUGGGUUGAAGGCCAUGCAAACUACCACAGGAACCGGGUGCGAUGUUUGGUCUUGUUCUUUGAUAGUCUCCGGCAGUGGUUCCAUGUAACGCAGAGCAUGUGUCUAUGUGUGGCCGUCUCACAGGGCGCCUAAGGACUGCCCAGGCUCAAUGGGAACAAUCCGUGGGAGUGAGCUCUGGGCGUGUUACUUUUCUAUUCGGUUUUUUAGACGACUAUGCGCAACUGGACAGGAUAGGUUUAACGGGUAGAGCUAUACAAUAUAUUGGUUUCGUCCGUCAA